AUGCUCGCUCUCCUUAUAACAGAGACUGCUUUCAUCACCUUUGACUGCAUCCCAAUGGAGGGUUAUCCCCAAGAGCGCCUCUGGCGAUGCCUCCCCGUACGGCCUGCCCCCGAGCACGAGGCAGUGGCCGUGUUUGGGAGCCUCAUCGCGUGCGUAAGCCAGGCCAAAGGGAGCGUACGGCGCAACAACGGCGAGGCGCUCGCUAUUUCGGACGCUUUCGAGGAGGAACAAUUGCGGAGGUUGCGACAGCUUAGGAAGCAGCUCCAUACGCUAUGCACACGGGACGCGGACGCGGCAGUGGCAACGGCCCGUUACGCAGGCCGACUCUCUCCGGCCACGCUCCAGGAAGUUCUCAUCGUGCUGGACCUUCUGAUGGACUACCCGCUGAGCGAUUUCAUCCGUCAGAUGGCGUCAGCGGAGGCCGCCAAAGCGCCAAGGUCGCCGAGGCUGACGCGCACUCCCGCUCAACCAAGGAAACCCCGAGACCUCAAACGCAACCCAAACCCUGGCCCUAAGCCUGGCCCACAAUCCGCGACCGCGGCCUCUCCCCGGUUGGUGAUAGACACAAUUUUGGAGGGCGAUGAGAAUGCGUCCCUUUUGAGAGUUGAGCUACCGGUUCUGAGCAGAAACCGCUCGGAUCUGCACAAUUCCGGCUCGCCCAACGUUCCGCCCAGCGGAAGCAGCCCUGCCGGCGGAACCAAGAUGAGCAAGAGCGCCUCGGUCCGGCGCGCGCAACUAGACGUGCGGUCGUUCAAACUGAGCUUGAAGCAGCGCGAGGAGGAGUUCACACCGGAACCCUGGGAGGACGUGUACGAGAACGGAACGGAAGAGCCGGAAUUCAACGGACUAGACUGGGAUCUCGGCGAAGGGAUGGAAGGGGUUCGGGAGGAGAACCCCACGCAGACGCGCGGCCGCGGCCGCGGGCGAAAGGCGCACACUGGCAAGGUCUUGGGCGCGGGCGCAAUGGGCUGGAAUCGUGGCAGCUCGAGGAUGAGCCACGUGGCGUUUCCAGAAGGGCGCCGUGAGUCCGAACGGCGGUCACGGGCGUCCGGCUCUCUCCGGGAGUCGCGGGUGUCCGAAUCGACGCCUUACAGGCGUUCUGAAGAGGAGGACACGUCGAGGUUGUCCGACUCUCAAAAGCAAGCAAAGACAGUGGAUUCUGGUUCCGGUAAGGCUGUUCCGGCGGAAAUAGGGCACGUAUCACAGGAGAAGCGGUUGGAUUUGUUGCGGCCGAUAGGAGAGGAGGAGGAACGUCCCGAAAGCUCGCCGAGGCAGGCCUUGAAUGGUGUGAACAGGCGUCUGAUUCCGGACGGAACGGAAGCGGAACCGCUCGGCCGGAACGAGAGCGGGGUUGAACACUUAGAAGGGCGACCCGGGUCGAGGGACGCAGAGGAACGGAUCGCCACCGCGAUGCUCCUGGCGGAUCUGCUAGGGCGCAGGUCGAACUUCUGCGAGCCUGCGCUGAUACGUGGCAGCCGCUCGGGGAGCACACGUGGCAGCCGCCCAGCGAGCACAAACCCCGGGAAGAAGAUCGACGUCGUCCCCCCAGUUCUCAAACGCGUUCUGAGCGCGCACGUCCUGAGAACUUUGACAACAGAUUUGGCGACCGUGGAGACCAAUCAUACUAGAAGUGGGUCGCUGGGCGCGAGAAGGGUUCCCGGGGCAGUUCAUUUACCGAAGCUCGUCAAGAAAACGACGAGAAAACUUGUUUCCCCUCGUUUGACAGCUAAGCGGCCGGGAACCGCACUGGCGGCCUCAUUGCCGGCGACCACGGAGCUUGGUGUCGCAAGUAAAAGGCGGCCGGCGACGGCGCUCGAGCUACGGCGAAGAACGGCUUCCGAGGACUCAGUUCCGGCUUUCAUGCAUUCCGUCCGGAAAAGUUUGGGCGGCGACUCCCAAGACGCAGCGGCGCACGCGGCAUUCGUGGAGGGUUUGGAGAGGGGUUUGGGUGGCGAUAUACUCGGGGGUUUGGAGCAAACCGGGCAUAGGUUAACGGAUGAGACGACAAGCCUGACUAACGAAAGCCCAACGGCCUCGGAAGGCGCCGUUCCGUUCCUUCCGGCGAGCGGCGACUCACCGGAACCUCCCUUGGAAACGGUCCCGGAGAACGGAAGGCCGAAAGUGCUAGUUCCUCCGCUGGACCUGCGCGCGCACAUGGCCCGCCAUGUGGCGUCUCCUCGAUCCAGGAGCGCGCGCGCGCAGACGACCAGGCGCGAGUCGCGGCUCCGCCACUGCAUCGUGCGGCGAAGCCGCAGCUUCUCCGAACUCAAAUCCAACUCCCGGGCAGACGUGUAUAUUCACGUCUCCCCGCAAACUAGAGAAGCGGGAAAAGUCGCUGACCAAAGUCAGCCCCGCUCCCCUGGCCGGGCGCCCGCGCCGUCCAUUCCUUCGUCGGCCCGCGGCCGCGCGCCCAAACCCUUGCUCACACGCGCGCACUCUUCAUUGGCGCGGCCUUCCGGUGAUCCGGCCUCUCCCCGCCCGCAACCCCCCAGGCGCCAUCACAGCUUCUCGCACGUCGAAACGCGCAAAACUCCCAAACCCCUAGCGUCGCCCCGCGGGCCGCACACGACGCGUGCGGACUGGCGGCUUCGUGACCAUAACGGGCUUGUCAACUCCCAUCCCUUAAACCUAAACCCGGCGCUAAACCCUUCAUCGAACCCUCCUUCAAGCCCUGGGCUUAGCCCCCGCGCCGCGAAUGCGGAUCGCGGGAAAAAAGAGCCCCCUGCUGACGUCAGCAGGCCGCCACCUGCAUCCGCCCACCCAACGCCACGUGGCGUUGCGGACGCUCGCAGCUCAGAGACGUCCACAUCGCGGACGCCCAGACAGAAGGAGGGUGUUUACAAGCGGAGCCUCAGCAAUAACGUGCAGAAAGUAAUGAAACCCGUACAACCGCAGAAGCGACCUACGAGCCACGUGCCCAGGUCGAGUCGGCCCGUACGGGGACCGCCGUCUGCCAGGGACCUUCGCAGAAACACGUCGAUGGGUUUCCGGCCCCCUGCGCCGUCGAACUCCAGCAGUCCUUCUCCACCGGCUUGCGCUUUCGACGCUAAACAUUCAGCCGCCCCCAGCCCCUUGCCGCGCCCACUCCCCGAAACGUUCGAACCAGAGGCGGCGAGCGCGCCGCCCACCGGACGCUGGACCCCGUCCGAAUCGGACGCCGCCAGCUGUGUGGACCUGGACGCGACACGUGGCCCCGACCCGGCGAAGAGCUACGCGCUCGCGUGUGACGUCAUCAGGGUCCCGCAGUCGUUUGCGGUGCUGCGGCAGCUGGGGCUGGUGCGGAUGGAGCUCGCGCACUGCGGUCUGAGUCGAAGGGGCCUGGAAGCAUUCCUGCGCGCCGUUCCGGCUUGCCCGCAGCUCCGUGCGCUGAAUCUGGCCGGAAACCAGAUCGACGGAACGGGCUGCAAGCUCCUGUCGGAAGGGCUGCGCGAGCACGCGCCGGGGCUGCAAGACCUCGACCUAAGUAGCAACCGGGUCUCCUUGGCGGGUGUCCAAGCGCUGACAUCACCCAGCGUCACUACCGGCAGCGUCCUGGCCCGCCUGCAGACGCUGAGCCUCCGGGCAAACAGCCUCCCGGACACCGCCACGUGUCUCCUCGUGACGUCACUGCAGAACGGCUGCCAGAUGCAGGGUUUGGACCUGGCUGACAACGGCGCGGCCGGACGGACCGCGGCCGCGCUCGCGGUUCUGCUAGGGGUUAACUCGACCCUGCGAACCCUGGACCUCUCGUGGAACCAUCUGCCGGGAAACACCGCCGCAGUGUUGGCGGAGGCACUGGCGGGCAACAAAACUCUUGACGUGUUGAAAGUGGCUCAUAACAGCAUGGGUGCGGCUGGCGACGUCGCCAUGAAAGAGUUGCUGGAUAGACGCCGGCGGACUUCGCUUCCGGCGGAUCAAGCACCGCGGCAUGACGAAGCAAAAGAGAUAGUUGAAAGCGGAAAACCGUUAUCAGGCGGAACGGCGCAAGAGCCAGCUGUCGCUUCCUAGUUUUUUCUGUCGUCUAGUACUUUGAGUAUCCAGCAGCGAGAUCGGCGAUGUAACGGUUGGUGUCCGGCAGGUACAAGAUGCAAAUAAUAUGAGUCAAAGAAUAAAAAAGAGUCAACUCCACGAUUGGCAAAAAGUCUGCACCAGUCGUGGUGCACGUAUCGAGC